AUGAGUCAUCUGAUAGAUUCAUAUAGGCUGAUAUCAAGCAAGCUGAAGAAGAAGAAGUUCCCUAUGAGGAAACCAAACUACUCAGAGGCAAUAGAUCAAUAUGCUCAGAUUAUGAACUCAUUCAAGAGAGAAGGCAACCUUAUGUAUGCUGCCUUUUGUUGUCUCUCAAUCGGUCGAUGUGAACAGGCCAUAAAGAAUGCUUCAUCAGCAGAGGCAUCAUGUUAUAUAGACUCUGGUUAUCUUAUGUGGGAGAGCGAGUUAAGAUCAUAUGAAGACGACUUUAUAUCAUUCGAAGAGAAUGUCACAGAGGCAAUUAACUGUUACCUCUUGGCCAUUAAGAUAUAUCAGAAUUAUAAACGAUUCAGUAUAAUGGGUACAUUGUUCUUUGAACUGGCAUCGAUCUUGAAGAGACUGAACAAGUAUGAGGAGGCAGCGGAAUACUUCCACAAAGCAUCAGAGAUAAUGCGAACAGAGAGUCCAAUCACAGCGAUCAACGCUCUAAAGGAAGCCACAAAGUGCAAGAUUCUGGAAUGUGACUACAAGGGUGCAUGUGAUCUAUUGGAUGGAAUGGUGGCAAUUGCAACUGAAUCCAUACAGCAAGACAAAAGGACAGCUCAAGUGUUGGCCAAUCAAGUUGAACAACAUCAACUGCAACAACAGUACCACAGCUAUCCACUGUCUGCAUCAUCAUCGCUCAGUCUCUCAUUGUACCCCUACGCAUUGAUCGAAGCACGUGUAUCAUUGAUUCUCUUGUACAUUCUCCAGGACAACUUCUUAAAGUCACAAUCACAUCUUGGCAAGCUAGUCAACGACAUCACCGAGCACGAAGGACAGUCAUCAGACCUGACAGAGGAGAGUAUUGCUCUACUUAACAAUCUAUUGAUGGCAUGUGAGAGGAAGGAGACUAAUGGUCUACAGGCAAUUCAAAGGGAACUGUGGAGUUCAUUGAGUGAUGUCCAGAAUGAUAUACUACAAAAGAUAUGGUGUGCCAAUAAAAUGUUAUUG